UUGCUGUGAAAUACUGCCUUACCUACUGCUGUGUUUUGUACAGCACCUUCAAGUUCUCCUGCCUGCAUGCGUUAGAACCCAGUUAAGUUGUGUGGCGUAAGACAUAAAGAUCAAGAUGCACAAGCUUACAAUACUUGCAGGCUUAUGUUUGGUGAUCUGCGAUAUUGGAUCUGCCAGCCAAAUGGUGUGCUACUUCACAAACUGGUCCCAAUUAAGGCCUGGUCACGGGAACUACACUAUGGAGGAUUUGGACCCCUUUCUCUGCACCACACUUGUCUUUGCCUUCGCUUUCAUCGACCACAACAAUGAACUUGUUGCAUCUGGGUGGAAUGAUAAAGUUCUUUACAAAUCUUUCAACGGUCUGAAAACCAUGAACCCUCAUCUUAAGACUUUCCUGGCAGUUGGUGGAUAUAACUUUGGUUCAAUACAGUUUUCAAAGAUGGUAUCUAAUGAAACUAAUCGUCAGAAAUUUAUCCAGUCCUCUAUAAAAUUCCUGAGGGCUUAUGGUUUUGAUGGUCUGGAACUGAGUUGGGAGUAUCCAGGAACUCGUGGAAGCCCCCCAGAUGACAAGCACAGGUUUACUUUGCUCUGCAGGGAACUUGUCCAGGCCUUUGCUGCUGAGGCCAAUGCCACUGGUGAAAUUCAACUAAUGUUGGCUGCUUCAGUGGCUGCGCGUAAGAAGAUAAUUGAUGGAGGAUAUGAAAUUGCUGAGAUUGCCAAGGUACUAGACUUCAUCAAUGUGAUGACCUUUGACUUCCAUGGAAGUUGGGAACGCAUCACUGGACAUAACAGCCCUCUGUUUCGUGGCUCUGAGGAUUCCGGUUACCACAUCUACUCUAAUACUGACUAUGCAAUGCGAUAUUGGCGAGACAAUGGUACCCCAUUGGAGAAAUUGAGGAUGGGUUUUGCUGCAUAUGGUCGCACGUUCCAUCUGACAUCAUCAGAAACGGGAGUUGGCGCCCCAGCUAGUGGACCUGCAUCAGCUGGUCCAUUUACAAAUGACACUGGGUUCUUGGCCUAUUAUGAGAUCUGUACCUUUGUGAAGGACACUACCAUCAAUUGGAUCGAAGACCAGAAGGUUCCCUAUGCCACUAAAAACAAUGAGUGGGUAGGAUUUGACAACAGGGAAAGCUACGAGACUAAAGUGCGUUACUUGAAGGAACAGAAGUUUGGCGGUGCUUUUGUGUGGGCCCUGGAUUUGGAUGACUUUGGUGGACGAUUCUGCGGAGAGGGCAAAUACCCACUUCUCUCGCAUCUACGCAAACUUCUCAAUAUUGAUCAUCCAGUCCCUGGUGCUUAGCACCACCACUCAUCCGACCAGUCACAACGCAUGCCCUAGGAUCUGGCUUCUGUUGUGCCAAACCUGAUGCGAGAACCAGUUUCUAUGUGUGCAGGUAGCAUCACCCAUUUGAGGCAGUGUGGCGCUUCUGCAAGUGCCGUGUUUGGCCAUUAACAAUUAUUGGUGGGAAUUUAUAUUACGGAUAAAAGAUUAUUAAACUGACCUAUGAAGCA